AUGAGACACUUGGUCCACUGUUCCCUGUACCUGGCUUUCCUGUUGGCCGUGGCCUCGGCGAGGUCAGCGGAGACCAAUCCCACGACCAAUUCCAUCAACGAGGAUACUCCGAGGUCUACCUGGAACAGCAACGUGUUCGGAGACCUCAGGCAGAUGUAUCAGAUCUACAAGGAAUGCGUGGACGAGGAUCUCAGUUCGUGCUUGAAAGUGAGGCUACUGUCCGCCAUGGACAGGGUGUCCAGGAACAGUCAACUGAACGUCGCCGAUGGCGUCACGUUCGUUCAGGACGAACCGGCCUCCAACGCGGAGGAACCACCCAAGUCCCUUCAGGAGAUCGAAGCUAGUCUACCCAGGGCUCUAGACGAUAAAGAGGACGCACUGAACAACAUGAUCUUCGACAAGGUGGUGAAGUUCUUCCAGAGCCACACGCUGAAGCUGAAGUUACCCAACGUGGAGGAACUUCAACGAAGUCUCGUGGAGGAAGGUCGUAAGAAGAAGAAGAACAUGGGUGGCCUGCUCGCUAUUCCUCUGUUGAUCGGUGGAACUCUGGUACCAUUGGCCCUGGGAGCGUUAGCUCUGCUAGCUGGCAAGGCUCUAAUCGUGAGCAAGCUCGCGCUAGUACUGGCUUCCAUCAUCGGGUUGAAGAAGCUGGUGUCAGGAGGCGGAGAACACGGCCACGAAGUCGUCCAGGUAGCCGGAGGCCACGGAUCAAGCGGAUGGGCGAGAUCGAGUCACGACCUCGCCUAUUCCGCCUACAAGCCGUCGUUUUCUUCCCCCUUGGAUUCUAUCCACCUGGUGACCCCGGAAUAUACGUCGAAGAUGUUCAAGUUCGUGGUAACAGUCUCGCUGCUAGCCGCCGCGGUGCUCGCCGCCCCCGCGAGUCAGGAGGCCAGCCAGCAGCAGUCAAUUCUCGAGGAAGCUUUGGAUGUGUACGCCUCCUGUUCCGGGGAACAGGACAUCUCGGUGUGUCUCAAGUUGAAGGCGCUGGGGUUCGUGGACAGGGUGGCCAGGUCGGCGGACAUCGAGGUCAUGGAUGGAUUCAAGAUCGUGCAGACGGAGGAGGCUAAGAGCAGCCGAGCCGACAACGCGAGGUCCUUGAACGACAUCGAAAGUAGCCUUCCAGCCGAGACGGAAGCCAGGGAAGCAGCCAUUGACGAGGCUAUCGUUGACAGAACUGCCAAGUUCCUCUCCACCCACACCGUCGAGUUGAGUCUGCCCGAGGAAGUCUCUCGAUCCUUCGACGAAGCUCGAGGAAAGAAGAAGAAGAUCGUCAAGUCUCUCCUGCCAAUUCUACUGCUUCUCAAGCUCAAGGCUGCAGCCCUCAUCCCCAUCGCUCUGGGCGCCCUGGCUCUCCUCGCUCUGAAGGCUCUCGCGAUCGGCAAGAUCGCUCUGAUCAUCAGCGCCAUCAUCGGUCUGCAGAAGCUACUCGGCAACAAACACCAGAGCUACGAAGUGGUGGCUCAUCCUGUGCACUCGUACGGUCACGAAGAACACCACGAUCACCAUGGAUGGGCGAGAUCGGCAGGCUCUGAUCUCGCGUACAACGCGUACAAGCCAUCCAAGUAG